AUGAACAAAGAUUUAUCGAUGCUAAACGGCGUUAUUUCUACCAAAAACUCUUUGACAGCUAUACAAGAAUCGGUCGAAAUAAAAGAUUAUCAAUCGGUUGGAGAAGAAACCAAGAACACCAAGAGCUUGAAACAUUGUAUCUUCCCAGGAGAGGCUAGACAAAACUUCCUGAUUAACAAAAGAGAAGAUGCAAUCCGUGUAAACAAUCGGCUCUCUCUAGAACCUCUAGUAUUCUCUUCAUACGGCUGUUCAGUCGAGUCAUGGAUCCGGCGUAUGAAGCUCUACAUACAUUUUAAUAACUUUAGUAAAGAGGAUGCACUACACAUCAUACCAGCCCAUCUGGAAGGCAAGGCGCUAUUAUGGUACGAUGCCUACGCUCUAAAAAACAAAUAUGACACACCCGAGAAAAUAUAUGAUGGUUUAUUGAGACAGUUUAGUUAUGUCGAUGUUCUACAGAAAUAUGGUAUAAAGAAGUGA